AUGGCCACGGAACCAGCAGUUAUCGCCGCUCAAUUGCGCGUCGCUGUGGGCGACUUGCGCGUCCGGGGGCUCACGAAGGCUACCCAAUUCGCAGCGGAGCUUCUUCUUGGUAUCGGAGAGGCUGCUGCAUCCCAUGAGUCACCGCAGAAAUUGUGGAAUGACGACACGAAUACGGACGAGUUCGAGGACUGGGCGGAGGCCGAUCGCUAUGAAGCUGCUAAGACCUGCUUUGACAUGGGCGAGUACCUUCGUGCUCACCACUUUCUGUCGCUCAGUACUGAGCGUCGCGUGGGCACAUGCCGAAGCCAGACGCACAAAACUCGCUUUCUCCGAAACUAUUCAUUGUUUUUGGCUGGUGAAAAAGCAAAGGAAGAGAUGGAUCUGGUGGUGAAUGUCACAGGCAGCAGCAAAGAGCUGGACCGUAACCUGCAUCGCCAAGGCACGAAUCCAUACUUGAAAGAGCUGUACUUAUCGCUGAGUAUCGCAUACCAACAGAACUUGCUGGACGGUUUUGGCCUCUAUCUGUACGCUGUCGUUCUCAAGCGUUUGGGCUACAGCACAAGUACUGGAAGCACGGAAGCACAAUCGUCGACCCCAAUAAGCAUGAAAUCUCGGCGUCGCGUGGAUUCCGCAGAGGAGCAAAAGCGCCAGCACGUGCGUAAUGCCGACGCUGCCAGCAUUCAGACAGGCAUAAAAAGCGAGUCAGGUUUAUUCACAUUUGACGUUACGACUCGGUUCAUCCUGGUUGAAUCGAUACGACGCUACCCAUGGAAUUGGUCAGCCUGGAUGGAGCUAGCAGCUCAUUCUCCUUUUACAUCCAAUGAAGAAGAAAUUACCCUAGCGACGAGCUGUCCAUGGAUGUUCCAGCUUUUUCAAGCACAUGUCCUGCUGGACCAGCAGCAAAAUGAUGGCGCACGUGAGCUCCUGACGGGUUUAGAGGAACAGUUUCCACGUAGCACCUAUCUUUUAGCGCAGCAGGCAUUGACUAGCUAUCACAUUCGAGACUUUGACCUAUCUCAAGAACAGUUUGAGCGGCUCGCUGCGCAAGAUCCUCAUCGGAUGGAAAACAUGGAUGUAUACUCAAACGUGCUGUACGUGAAAGAGAACAAGACAGAGCUUAGUCGACUGGCGCAUCGAGCAAUCAAGGUAGAGAAGUAUCGGCCGGAGACGUGCUGUAUCAUCGGAAACUACUAUUCGAUCAAGAACAAGCACGAUCGCGCUAUUAUUUAUUUUCACCGCGCUUUGAAGCUCGAUCCUCAUUUCCUGUCAGCAUGGACACUCAUUGGCCACGAGUAUAUCGAGAUGAAGAACACGAGUGCAGCUGUUGAAGCCUAUCGCCACGCGGUUGAUCUGAACGCACGAGAUUAUCGCGCUUGGUAUGGGCUUGGGCAGGCCUACGAAAUCAUGAACAUGUACCUGUACAGCAUCUACUAUUACCGGAAAUCUGUGGCAAUCCGUCCUUAUGACGCGCGCAUGUGGUGUGCUUUAGGUGGCUGCUACGAGAAACUGGACAAGGUUGAUGAAGCUCUUGCUUGUUUCCAUCGUGCCGUAAAUAAUCAAGAUCGUGAGGGCAUUGCAUCGUACCACCUGGGCCGACUUUAUGCGGUGCGUGGGCAGCAACACGAUGCGGCCAAGUAUUACCAGUUGCAUCUCGGUCUUCAAGGCGCCCCAGCAUCACUUUUUCCAGAUCUGGACAAGUCAAAGCGAUUUAUACCAAUGGAUGAUGAAUGCGAUAGCAAAGAUGAAAGAGAGGUGCUUGUUCUCCCCAGUGGUAGUGGUGGUAACAUCCGCGUGGAUACUCCUCAAGCAUUGGCAGCGAUAUUGUUUCUUGGCAACUACUACAAGCAGUUAGGCCGAUUUCCCGAAGCGACCAUUUUCUGUAACUGCUUGUUGGACAUGCAGGGACUGGAAAAAGAGGAAGCCAAGGCACUUUUGCGGGAGAUGCAUAGUUUGGAGGCAAAUUGUACACAACAUGCCCCGUUACAGGAGGAACAUGAGUGA